AUGGAUCAAGUGGACAAGAAUGAUGAAGAAACCAUGGAACUGUGUAAGCGCAUUCUGAACGGGAUGAGUGCUACUGCUCUACCAGUGCGACUGGACCAGGUUGGUCAUCUUGCAAUGCUUCCUGACGAGAUUGCAAACGACAUAGAGUCGGUCAAGGACCUGGUCUAUCGAUGCGGCAACUUCCUGGUUAUCUCGGACGAGAAUGUCAGCCUUGUCCAUCGCUCUUCUGUUAAGCAGUAUUGUUUGAGUGAUGACGGCGUGAGAUUCGGUAGAUUGGAUUUGGUGGACAAGGAAUCACUUUAA